AUGAUAGGAUAUCAUUGCUUCGCGGCGUUCCUCGCCGGCAAGAACCGUGACUCCUUCCACAUCCUGCUGAACACCAUGCAGCCGCACCAAGAGCUCAGGGACUAUGACGUGGCGCGUUGCUUUUGGUCUUCCAUGUCCAGUCCUAGUACCCGGGGCUUGACGGUUGGAUCCGAGAACGAGAGGACACCAAAUGCGAAUAUCGGACUGGUUCCACCCAGAGGCCCAGAUGCUAUUUUCAUUCGCAAGAAUCAACGGACACUAAUCUUUGUCCAGGAUGGGUUGACAGUGGCUGCAUCCGUGUCUCCGAUUCUCCUAAGGAAUCUCUCAUCAAUCGGGCACUAG